AUGAGCUCAGACACGAGUCGACCUUUCGAUCCCGACAAUGCCAGUGACGUCCCGCCUCUUGCGGACAAAGUCGUGGUCGUCACCGGUGGAAACGGAGGCAUCGGAUACGCCACAAUACAACAUCUCGCUCGUCACGGCGCAAAGGUAUACAUGGCCGCUCGGAGUGAGACAAAGGCACAGGAGGCCAUCGAGCGAUUGCACGCCGAAGGACUUGCUCCCGGGAAUGGCCAAGUGCUGUGGUUACAGCUUGACCUCAGCGACCCUGUUUUGGCGCAGAAAUCGGCGAGGGUCCUCCUAGCUAAGGAGGAUCGCCUGGAUGUGUUGAUCAACAACGCGGCUAUGCCGCGCGGCCCUUAUGCGAGGACGAAACAUGAUAUUCAGGAUGCCAUGAUGGUCAAUCACAUCGGGCCUUUUGUGUUCACGAUGACCCUCCUGCCGCUUCUCGCCAAAACCGCCGUGAACCCGGCCAGCGACGUCCGCAUCGUCAAUAUCACAUCCGGAGGCAUUGCUUUCCUCAAGCGUGGAAUCCGUUUCCGCAAUCGAGACGAUUUCAACGACGAGCACAAGUGGGACAUAAUCCCAGGCCCUAGUCUCGCAAGAUACUUAAACGCAGGCGCAGGCCGCAGCAAGCUCGCGAACGUCCUCUUCACAACCGAGUUGCAACGGCGUCUUGACGAGGCAGGCGUCCCCAUCCUCGCGCUGUCCGUGGACCCAGGCCUGGUGCGCACCGGUGGCGUGGAGAACGACGCUGCAUCGCAACCACCAGGCAUCUCCCACGUCAUGUCCCUUCUCAUCCGUGCGCUAUGGACACCGCCCACACGCGGCGCCUUCACAUCCGUCUUCGCUGCCGCUGCGCCAGCUGUGCGACAGGAGACAGAGCGCUACAAGGCAGCGUAUCUGCUGCCUCCUGGGCGCAUCGGAGCGCCCCCUCACCCGGAUGCACGGAACCCAGUGUUGGCGCGAGAGUUGUGGGAUACCACAGAACGCCUGUUGAGGGAGAUGGGAAUAGAUUGGGAAUAG